GCAACAUCCGCCCUUUGCGCAUUCUUGAUUAGGUAAGGGACCACAGAGGAGGUGAAGAGCAGGUUUAGAGUGAGUUGUGUCCAGACUCACUGUGACCUCCACCUAAUCCAUUUAUCCUCAGGAUUUAACAGAACACUUCCAAGCCAUCUGGGCCAAUCCCAAGCGAAUAGCAUCAGUGCACUCCCCCCAUGCUUUCAGUAACAAAUAAUAAAAUAUGUAUAUGAAACGUAAUAUAUAUAUAUAUAUAUAUUUUACAUUCAUGUAAAAACAUGUUCAAUAAGACGUCCACUAUACUGAACUGAAUAUGGAAUAUUUUAUAGUUCUCUUUUACAGAAUGAGAUUUUUUCAUUUUGUUGUGCAAUAUUUAGGCUACUCUUUCAUAUCUAAAUAUAAUUUAUUUUGUUAAUAUUUAAAUAUUUUCAGCAGUUUACGUAACGAUGCUAUCAUUGCAGUCAAAACGUACAAAAUGUUCAAAGAUGCUGUGCAUGCAGUGGUGACAUUUUAGUCGUCGUCCAAUAACAUGAUGCAUGCAGCAGACAUAGUUGAAGAUUCCCCGUCAUGCGCAGAAGCCAAAUGCAGUCGCCGGAACGAUGGCCGUCGACAAUUUUCUCUUUGGCCAGUGCAUCCUUUAUUUUUUAGCAUUUCUUUUCGGUUUCAUCGCCGUUGUGCCGCUCUCUGAAAACAGCGAUGACUUCCAGGGGAAAUGCCUGCUGUUUACUGAGGGAAUGUGGCAGAAUGAGAACAUGACGAUGGGGAAACAGCGCUUUAUAGUUGAAGAAUGGGGACCAGAGUCAUCCUGCCGCUUCAUCACUUUCGUGGGCAUCGUGUCUCUCAUCCUGUCCGCUGUACAGGCGUGGCGGACCUUUUUCUUCCUCUGUAAAGGCCACGACGACUCUCUUUUCCAUGCCUUCUUGAAUCUUCUCCUGUGCCUGUUGGUGGUAUUUGUGGUGUUUGUGGCCGGUACCAUCUCGAGUGUUGGCUUCAGUGCAUGGUGUGAUGCUGUCACUGAAAAUGGGGCCAUGCCCAGCAGUUGUGAGGAUCUGCAAGACACAGAUUUAGAGCUUGGUGUUGACAACAACUCCUUCUAUGACCAGUUUGCCAUUGCACAGUUUGGCCUGUGGUCAGCCUGGUUAUGCUGGUUGGGUCUAACAGUACUAGCCUUCCUAAAGGUUUACCAUAACCACCGGCAGCAGGAGCUGCUAGACAGUCUUGUUCAAGAGAAGGAGCUCCUGUUAGGUCAGCCUUUACAGAGGAGUUCUUACAACAGGAACACCAUGAUUUAAACAAACAUCUCUCAUGUAGUCCAUUUAAACUGCAUGAUCCAGUUUCUGAGAGCAGAAUUAAACCCUCAGAAUAAACAUAUUUUUAUAAAACACAUCAAACUUUAGAUCUAAGUCUUAGUUGGUACACUCUAAAAAAUGCUGGUUUAAAUAUGGACAAACCCAGCACUUGGGUUGUUUUUAACAGUUUAAUGCCUUCUGGGCAGUAACCCAACCGCUGGGUCAAAACAACCCAAUCGCUGGGUUUGUCCAUAUUUUAUCCAGCGCUGGGUUGUAUUUAACCCAGCAUUUUUUAGAGUGAGAUUCAUUAUAAGCUAUGUUCAUGUUUAAAUAAAUGAUCAUGAAAACUUCAUAUUCAAAACAGUUGGCAGAGUUAGUUUCCAUUGUUGUUUAGAGACAGCAUCCUUACAGAACACUCAUCAAACUGUACGUGGAAUUAUCUUCAUAUUCACUCUUAUUUUUACAUAUAAAGAAACUGCCUGUGAGAUAUUACAUUGUACCUCAUUCUCUUGAGAAGGCAGCUGUGCAUUUAGGAGACUCAGUAAAGUGUAAAUGAGGAUGCUCUCUUUGAGCAGAUGUCAGCUUCACAGUUCACUCAGACAUGAAAUGCAAAGUCUGCUUCACUUAGAAACUAAUACUGCCUUUACUGUUCAUGGGAGCAAAAUAUAACCAGAAAUAAAACUGAAUAAUUGCUCUUAUGCAGUCUUUAUUCUGUUACCUAUAGGUGCAGAGUUUAUCCCAACGUAUGUACAAUCGUAGCUAACACACACUGGAUUGACAAAAUAUUUCAUUGCUUUUUCCUUAUUAUUGCCAGUCCUUUAUAUUAUAUUUUAUUUAUAAAAAAAAAAAAAAAAAAAAAAAGUGGUUAAAACUCUCGUUUUGUUGUGGUGGUACUUUUUUGGAAAUGCAACUGGAAUUUUAUGUUUUGGUGAUAUUAUAGCACGUCAUACAUCUUAAAUAAUAAUGAGCACUUCAAUUUCUCUUUGUUUUCAUAUUUAUUAUUAUGUAAAGCUGUGCUGGCUUUUAGACAUAUGCUGGUGCAACCCACCGGUCCUCUCAGCAGCUAAAUGGAUUUGCAGUUUCAUUGUCUCGAUCACCACCAAGUGGCUGAAAAAAGAAAUUGCUACACAUACAGAUUUGGUCAUUUUCUUGUUUUCUUUGUGACAAUGUGAUUGUUGUAAGUGUUGUAAUGUGAUUGUGACUGUUGAUACCAUAUUGAUCCUUUGGUGAUAAUCCCACAUAAACACUCAUAAAACAUAAAACAUCAUGUAGAAAACAAACAUAUUCAAUAUAACUACAUUAACCUGACCACAUGUAUUAGGUCAAUUCAGGUAAAAAUAUUGGAGGUUGAUUAAGUUAUUUAUUCAGAAAUAAAUGCAGCAGAAAAUAUAUUCUAUCAGAUUAUACAAAUGGUUAAAAAGCCCAAUUGUGCACUUUACACUUACAAUUCCAUUUACCAGUUAGCAGACAUCUAAGUGUUAAAAGUGGAAAAUAUAUUUAGAUCCAUAUAUAUAUAUAUACACACACGCACACACACAUAUUCAUAUAUAUAAGAAGUGUUCCGUAAACAUUUCUAGGCCUAUAGGUAAAAAAGGAAGGAACACUUUAUGCAUCACAUAAUGUGAAAGUCUGUGUCAU